AUGGGAACGAUACUAUCAAAAACGAGUUCCCCGUGGAGGACCGUGGUUAUCACUGGUGGUUCGCGAGGUAUGGGACUUGCGGCUGGACGUCAGCUCGCUGAAAAGGGGGCCAACGUCGUAAUCGUUGCUCGCGACCAGGAAAAGCUACUUCAAAGCCUCGAAUAUAUACAGCAAGGAGCUGUGAACCCUCAAACGCAGCGUUUCCUUCAGAUUAGCGCCGACUUGACCACCCCAUCUGAAUCUGUACGCAUCAUCGACCAGGUACAAUCGUGGAACUCGGGCAAUCCUCCAGACAUCGUGUGGUGUUGCGCAGGCAGCUCGUACCCAACAUUAUUCAUUGACACGCCCAUAUCUGAAUUCCAGACCCAGAUGGACAGCAACUACUUCACGAGCCUAUAUAUGGCACAUGCAAUCUUGACAUGCUGGCUAAAGACAUCACGAAAAGCCAUCGACGAUGUUCGAACAAGCAACACAGCUCCCGCGCGCCACCUUAUAUUUACCGCUUCUUUUGUAGCAUUCUACAGCUUCGCUGGUUACUCGCCGUAUAGCCCGUCCAAGGCCGCACUGCGAGCUCUCUCCGAUAACUUAUCUCAAGAGAUGAACCUAUACGCCGCAGCCCACCCAAACGACCCUCCUGUCCGGCUACAUACCGUAUUCCCCGCCACUAUUUACACUGAGUCGUACGAGGCCGAAAAUCGCAUCAAGUCUGACCUAACCAAGAUGCUUGAAGAGGGGGAUGAAGGCCAAACACCAGAGGUCGUCGCCGCGAGGAGUAUCAAGGGACUUGAAAUAUGCUGGGAGGUUGUGCAAGAGGAGGGUUUUGGAGAGUUUUAG